AUGGAAAAAGAACAGAUCAAAGCUGAUCUAGAGAAUGCGCAGAGAGUCAGUGCGAUUGAUGAGAAGCAGUCUGUUCCAAUUGAGCUGGGAGUCUUCGGCGAGACCACCAUAGAGCAAAAUGGAAUCAAGAUACAUCCACAACCAACUUCAGAUCCCUUAGAUCCGCUGAACUGGUCAAGACUUGAGAAGCAUACCAUCUUGGGAAUCGUCAUGUUCAAAUAUUUCCUAUUCACUUACAUCACAACGACAACAGUCCCUUCAUUUCCCGACCUCCAAUCUCAGUUCAAUAUCAGCUACUCGGAAGUCAAUUGGACUGUGGCGAUUCCUGCCCUAGGUCUGGCAGUCGGGCCCCUUUUUUGGACUUCGUUCAGUGAUAUAUACGGCCGUCGGACCAUUUUCAUUAUCGGGACGGUCAUUGCUCUCGCGUCGACAAUCGGUGUAGCAGUGGCAGGCAAUUAUAGCGGAUACAUGGCUGGUCGAUUCUUCCAGGGUUUCGGGGUUAGCCCAGCGGCGACGGUUGGAAUGGCAGUUGUCAAUGAUCUUUUCUUUGACUAUGAACGAGGACAGAAACUUGGCUUGUGGGUUCUGGCGAUUGACUCCGGGCUCUUGCUGGGCCCAACUUUCGGUGGCUUCUUGAAUGUAGUGAGUGCAGCAUGGAUAAACUGGUUCAACGCCAUCCUCUUCGCCGCACUGCUGGUUCUCGAACUCCUCCUCAUGCCCGAAACCCUGUAUCCACGUACAACUAUGCUACAGCGCAUGCCGCGGGAAGGCCAUAAACUUCCGACCUCUUCAGAUAUCGAACAAAGCCCGGCUGGCGAGAAUCCUGUGAGCAUGGUAUCAGCAGCCGAACCUGUCAUCCCAAGAACAAAAGAACUCGGCUUCUUCAACAUCCGACCUAUUCCCGGCAUGCGGCAUCCCAAACCAUGGGACUCCGUCGUUCGCUUUGCCCUCACUUUCCGAUGUCCCGUCGUCGUUCUCAGCGUUAUCGGAUACUGUUUCUUGUGGUAUUGGUGGAUUUUGUCGGUCAUCACGAUGGUGCCUGCUGCGUACGCCUCGUACACGCCUUUGAUUCAAGGACUGCUGUUUCUUGGGUUGUUUCUGGGGACAGUAACCUCAGAGAUCUGUUGCUCAGGUAGACUGAGCGACUAUAUCGUUGAGAGAUUGGCGAAGAGGAACGGUAGCCUGCGUGUCGCGGAGAUGCGGUUGUGGCUGGUCUAUCCUGCUAUCCUCAUCACAACUGUUGGACUUAUCGUCUGGGGUGUCAGCAUUGACAAGAACUACCACUGGAUGGUUGGUCAAGUCGCGUUCUUCCUAUUCGCUGCCGGAGUCCAGAUCGGAAACACUGUCACAAGCAGCUACAUCAUCGAUAGCUAUCCCCUUCAGUCAACGAGCGUGAUCAACUUCUAUGCCGUCUUCCUCAACUUGAGUGCCUUUAUCAAUCCAUUCUUCAUUGCGCAAUGGCAGGCUACGGCAGGAUACACAUGGACAUUUACCACGCAGGCUCUGAUUGUUGUGGUUGCUGGAACGGCUGUGUUUGCAUUAUUGCACAGCCGUCACACUCCAGUGAAGCAGAUCCGGACUCAGACUGACAUGCCACCGUCACUGACCCCAUGCCCAUCACCACUCCUGCUAGAUGACGGUCUUGAGCCAAAGCCGAUCCCUGUUCAAGAUCUAUCCGACAUUCCUAGUGCAAUACGCAGGAUCCUUGACCAUGAACCGCAGACGGUCCUUGAUCAUCCUUUUCAGCGCAAGAUUGCAACCUUGCGUGACAUGGGACAAUUCGGCGCGCGACAACGCCAACUACUCCUCUCCAACGACAUCUUCACCCUCCCACUAAUGAAUAUGUACGAGGGUAUGUCGGGUGGGCCCCCUAACGCGCCAAGUGCAGUUACCUUCAACGUAAAGCAACAGGAGGCAUUCCGCGCGACUACCUUCGUUACCGCUCAUCGCGGGUUGGAUAGACUGAAAGUUUCAACGAUGAGGCUAGCCACAACGCCUUCCUUCUUCCAGCAGAGAAUGGAAAACAUUCUGCUCCCAGAGCGCUUGAAAUUCCGCUUCUCCAAGGAGAAGCCAUUGCCCUUGCGGGAAUACGUCGCUCGGAAGGUCGUGCUCUUACGUGAAGCCAACAUCGCUGAUGAAUCCGAGCUAGUCGUCCGAGUAUGGGAAAACCUCAACCCUGUGCUGAUGAACACUCCUUGGAUAGUUUCACUCAGCGCCUCUUCCUUCAGGAGGUCCCUCCUAGGCUUGCGUGGCUCCAGCAACAGGGACCCAAACCACCGUCUAGACGGGACUCUGACUCCAGACGCACUCGAGAAGCAGAUGACCCAUAGCAUUUCAGCAGGCCCUCGAAGCAGAGGGUGA